AUGGCCAAGAUGGGCCAGCCGCUCACCUACCACGAGCUCAGCGAGAUGAUGCGGGAGGCUGACACUAACGGCGACGACAUCAUCAACUUCACCGAUUUUGCCAGCAUUCUUGGUAAAUCGGUCAUUGAUUACCUUGGAUGCCCGUCUCUUAGGAAUUCUGUUAUGGACGAGAGGGCCCGCUUGAUAUCAGGCCCAUCAGUGGAUUGUUAUCAGUCCUCUUGCAGAAAUUGUGGCUAUUUGCUGGAUAAUUUGGGGCCCAAACAUGCCGCUAGUGAAAAGCCGUCGAUCCUUGCCAAUUGCUCGAGGCCCACAACAUUUUAUAAACAAGAUGGUGAUUCAUUGCAGUCUCGUGUGAAGUUCACACAGUACAAGAUUCCAUUCAGUGUGCCGGUCCAGAGGAAUUCAGAAGCUCUGCCUUUGGCGUUUAGUUCGAGUAUAAAGGCUGAAAGUGGGAUCCACACGUUCCAGGCGAGGGCCUCGGGCUCUCUGAGGCCCAAGGCUGGCAAUGUGAGUGAAUCAAAGAAUUUUAGCAGUAAGGCCCAUUUGCCCGUUGGAAUGGAAAACGAUAAAUUUGGAAUGGAGAAAAGGAUUUCUUAUGGUCUCAAAGAUCCGGUGCCACCUGGACGAAAGAGGCGGCCGGCUAAUGUAUCUAGACAAGUAGAAGAAAGCGCUGGUUUUGUAAGGUCCCAAAGGAAUUUUGGUUCUUCUCCUGUAAUGCCCGGAAAACAUGCUAAUGUCAUUAAUGAUAUGGAUGAAUCGAGAGAUAAUGUUGCUCCUUUCUCAUUUACAUCUCCAGUGAAGUACAAGUAUGGGGUCCACGAAGCUGCUGAAAGAAGGAACAAAUAUGAUUCGCAUUCUGGAGGAAAUGGUGGGAGGAAGAAAUUAGAAAAACCACUGCCUUUAACUGGUGAUGCCUUGGGUGCACUUUUGCAGCAGAAGUUGAAGGAAUUGAAUUAUGAAAAGGAUGGUUUCGAGAGCAAAGCAUCUGGGAAAACUACCUCGAUGAUACUACAGGAGCUAAUAUGUGCCUUAACUACAGAGAAACAAAGGCUGGAGAAUAAUCUACCGGUUUAUUCUGAUAGACGAAGUAGCUGCUGUAAUUACAGCAUGUUAGUUAACUCGACAUCUUCCACUAGUUCACAGGACAAUGCAAUGGCAGUGAACCCGUCUGUUGAGCCACCACUUGAUAGUGAGCGCCUGAGCCCUGGAUCCGUUCUUGAAUCUUAUUUUUCUGCUGAGAGCUGUCACUCUACCAGUCUAGAUGAGAGCUUAGCCUCUAUAAAUAAUCAAGCAACGAAUAAUGACAAAUUCGUCAAUGAUAUCGUUAACCAUGUCUCCGAAAUCUUGAGCUGUGAUAUUCUCGCAAGCCACGGUCCAAAAGGAAAGAGGCUCGACCAAGCAGAGGAGGCUCUUUUGAACUCUGAGCUAAUACUCCACAAUGCAUCAAUUUCAGACGGGUUUGUGGGAAAAGGCUGUCCCAUUAAGCAUUUAAUCAUCGACGAACUGGAAACACUCAUGAGCGUGCUAUGGAUGAAUUUCGGUAAUUUUCUUGGCGUUGAGGACGGCAAAGAGGAGGUGAAUCAACUGAAAAUUUUCGUUUUCGAUUCUGUUAUAGAAUAUUUGGGGGAGAGAUUUGGGGAGCACUGUGAGUUUGGAUCGAGCGUGUCGAGAAAAUUGCCACUGAGGAUGAACAUGAACACGCUGAUAUUUGAGAUUGUCGAUGUUGUAAGGAGAUGGGAUGAGCUUUCGAGGUAUGAUAGUCUCGAUAAGCUGGUGGAGAGGGAGAUGGGUUUUUCGGUGAAGGAUUGGACAGAGUGUGAGAAUGAAGGGUUCGAGACGGGCUUGGAGAUUAGUAGGUCUUUGCUACAGGUUUUGGUGGAUGAAGUUGUGGUGGAUCUUUGGACUUGUGUUAGCUGA